UCUGCACCGCCCGCCGGGUCCCGUGACGCUGGUCAGUGGCGCGAGUCACGAGUGCCGACUGGACCGACGGCGGCAGCGACAUGGCCUCGGAGCGAGACGUGCGCGCCCGGCUGCAGCGCGCUGGCCAGGAGCACCUCCUGCGCUUCUGGGCCGAGCUGGCGCCCGAGCCGCGAGCCGCGCUGCUGGCGGAGCUGGCGCCCCUGGAGCCCGAGGCGCUGCGCGAGCACUGCCGGAGGGCGGCCGAGGCCUGUGCGCGUCCCCCCGGCCCGCCGCCUGGCCUGGCCGCGCGCCUGCGGCCCCUGCCCCCCGAGCGCCUAGGCAGCGCCAGCCGCAGCGACCCCAAGACGCGGCGGCGCUGGGAGGAGGAAGGUUUCCGCCAGAUCGCCCUGAACAAGGUGGCCGUCCUGCUGCUGGCGGGCGGGCAGGGCACUCGCCUGGGCGUGACCUACCCCAAGGGCAUGUACCGCGUGGGGCUGCCCAGCCGGAAGACCCUGUACCAGCUGCAGGCGGAGCGGAUUCGGCGGGUGGAGCAGCUGGCGGGUGAGCGCCACGGGACCCGCUGCACCGUGCCCUGGUACGUCAUGACCAGCGAGUUCACGCUGGGGCCCACCGCAGAGUUCUUCAGGGAGCACAACUUCUUCCACCUGGACCCCGCCAACGUGGUCAUGUUUGAGCAGCGCCUGCUGCCCGCCGUGACCUUUGAUGGCAAAGUUAUCCUGGAGCGCAAAGACAAAGUUGCCAUGGCCCCAGACGGCAACGGGGGCCUUUACUGCGCGCUGGAGGACCACAAGAUCCUGGAGGACAUGGAGCGCCGGGGAGUGGAGUUUGUGCACGUGUACUGUGUGGACAACAUCCUGGUGCGGCUGGCAGACCCCGUCUUCAUCGGCUUCUGUGUGCUGCGGGGCGCGGACUGUGGGGCCAAGGUGGUGGAAAAGGCCUACCCCGAGGAGCCGGUGGGCGUGGUGUGCCAGGUGGACGGCGUCCCCCAGGUGGUGGAGUACAGCGAGAUCAGUCCUGAGACCGCACAGCUGCGUGCCCCGGACGGGGGCCUGCUCUACAAUGCAGGCAACAUCUGCAACCACUUCUUCACCCGCGGCUUCCUUCAGGCCGUCGCCAGGGAGUUUGAGCCUUUGCUGAAGCCCCACGUGGCUGUGAAGAAGGUCCCGUAUGUGGAUGAGGAGGGGAACCUGGUAAAGCCGCUGAAACCGAACGGGAUAAAGAUGGAGAAGUUCGUGUUCGAUGUGUUCCAGUUCGCUGAGAACUUCGUUGCCUUUGAAGUGUUACGGGAGGAGGAGUUUUCCCCGCUGAAGAACGCAGACUUGGCCGACAGGGACAGUCCCUGUACCGCCCGCCGGGCCCUGCUCGCCCAGCACUACCGGUGGGCCCUGCGGGCCGGCGCCCGCUUCCUGGAUGCACAUGGGGCCUGGCUCCCAGAGCUUCCCUGCUCACCCCCAAAUGGAGACCCUCCGGCCAUCUGUGAGAUAUCGCCCUUGGUGUCUUACUCUGGAGAGGGUUUAGAAGCGUACCUGCAAGGCCGAGAGUUCCAGUCCCCGCUCAUCUUGGAUGAGGACCAGGCCAGAGAGCUGCAGCCACAAGAGCCCUGACCCUGCCAGGCCUGCCAACCCCAGGUCCUGGAGCUGGGGGCUACAGCCCCGGCCUGGGCUCUCACGUGCUUCCAGCCUGCAGAACACAGGAUGAGACAUCCUGGUCCCCUCCACGAAGGCAGGCCCUCGCCUGCUGCCUCUGGACACAAGUGGUGCCGCCUGUUGGGGCUCUGUGGCUCCAUUCCCAGCUGGGGGGGUCCAGCCGAGAAGCAGAGGGACUUGGGACCUGGGAGAAUGGGGCCGAGAGGAGGCUUUGGGUUGGGGCCCGAGGGAGGUGUGGUGUCAUUUGGGAAGAACAGGAGGGCAUGUCCUUCUGGGAGCCAGCCCCGUGGAUCGCCGCACCCAGCCAGGCACUAGAAGCCGCAUAAGCUACGCUGGACGUGCUUCUGCAGCCUACAGAUGCAGAACCAGAGCGAGGGGACGACUCCACCCACCCAAGGGCUGCCCCUCCUCCUCAGCAGCUGAACCAGUAAUGGGGGCGAGGCUGGGGUGUCCCACCCACACACCUGGGUGCCCAGCAAGGCCACAGAAAGGGCCUGAUGUCCGUGAUCCAGGCGGCUCUGAGAAGCUUGGCCUGGACACCUGAGCCUGCAGCCAGCACUCCUGCCUCCUCCCCAUUUAUCCCCAAGGCCGCCGCCUCUCAGCCUCAUCCACGGUCACUUUAGGCCAACGAGUUUUCUGUGCUUCCCCAAGAACCAGUGGGAUCAACGCCGGUGGCCUCCGUGAGGGCUGUUGACUAAUCCGGAACUUCAUGAGUCAGAGGCGCCAGCCCUCGCCUCAGCUGCCUGCUGCUUCUGAUGGAUCUUGGUGCUCAGGCUGCCCCGCUCUCCGAGUGAGGCCACAGCCUCCAUAUUUAGGGCCUCGGCCCCUCCCUGCACUUGGGCCUGGCUGGGACAAGCCAGCGGCCCCAGGGUUCUUUCCUGAUGAUUCUCUCCUGCUUUCUCAUCUCCAGGGAGAUGAGACUGGCACCUCCCUCUCCCUGCUGGCAUGGAGAGAGCUAUGCCAUGUAACCUGCUGCUGAAUCAUCCUCAGCCCCACCUCACAAACCACCACCCCCAGUGGAAGGCCCCUACUUAUCCCCAUUGGUUUCUCAGGGAAGGGUGUUUGGAAGGGUAGGUUCAGAUGCAGCCUUCCAGAUUUAGAGGCACUGGGAGGACAGUGGCUGAGUGGAGGCACCCAGACCUGGGCAGGCAGCAGGCACAGGCCCACACCUUGCUAUUUUUGAAACCAAAGCCCAGAGGAUGACGUCUGCUUCCCCUCCCUGGCUCUGCCCUUCUUGCUGCAAAACAUGCAGUGCCUUAGGGCCCUUCUCAUAGGGCUCCUCACGGCCACGACUGGAACAGGGACGCACCUCUUUCUGCACAAGCACAGUUGGCUGGGAGAA